UAAUUUGAUAGGGCAGCACUGGCAAAGGCGUGAAAACAAUUGUUAUUAACGCAUCUCAAUUUAUUUUUUUCUUAAUAUAUAAUCGUUUUAGGCAUUGUGUUUAUUAAAGUUUAGCAAGAUAGACCAAGCCACAUAUACUUACAGACGGCAUAGUGCGAGGGGAAUCCCACGUAGAAUGUAAGAAAAAUGCGCAUGCGCGGACGAAGAUUGCUUCCGAUUAUUUUGUCGCUUCUUUUGAUCGUCCUACUGAGUCUCUGUUACUUUUCGAAUCACUUGAGGGAUUCAAGCCAGUCCCGCAAAAACGGUUUCUUGCUGCACUUACCACUCGAAACGAAGAGGAAUCCAUCUAACCCUAAUACUCCGUUAAGUAAUCUUCUGAAUCUCACGGACUUCCACUACUUGCUGGCCAGUAAUGUGUGUCGAAAGGCAAAAAGAGAACUCUUAGCCGUUUUAAUAGUUACUUCGUAUGCCGGACACGAUGCCUUGCGAUCAGCUCACCGACAGGCAAUUCCCCAAAGCAAACUGGAAGAAAUGGGCCUGCGAAGAGUUUUUCUCUUGGCAGCCCUGCCUUCAAGAGAGCAUUUUAUAAGCCAGGAUCAACUGGCCAGCGAACAGAAUCGUUUCGGGGACCUUCUCCAGGGGAAUUUCAUCGAGGACUAUCGCAAUCUGAGCUACAAACACGUAAUGGGAUUAAAGUAUUUAGAGACCCUCGAGGUGCGCGAACCUGGACUGGCCACAUCAAGUACUUUGUUAUCUGGCUACGUACUGGAUGCCAAGCCCCCCAUUCGCCUUCGAGCCAAUAAGUGGUACGUUAGCAAAAAGGAGUAUCCUCAGGCUUUAUAUCCCGCCUAUUUGUCGGGCUGGCUUUACGUGACCAACGUGCCAACAGCCGAGAGGAUUGUGGCGGAGGCGGAGAGGAUGUCAUUUUUUUGGAUCGAUGACACCUGGUUGACUGGAGUAGUAAGGACUCGUUUGGGUAUUCCCCUUGAGCGUCACAACGACUGGUUUUCUGCCAAUGCAGAGUUCAUCGACUGCUGUGUGCGAGAUCUCAAGAAGCACAACUAUGAGUGCGAGUACUCCGUGGGACCCAAUGGCGGUGACGACCGACUACUGGUGGAAUUUCUGCAUAACGUUGAGAAGUGCUACUUUGAUGAAUGCGUCAAACGGCCGGUUGGUAAGUCGCUCAAAGAGACCUGUUUAGCGGCGGCCAAAUCUCGACCCCCUAAACAUGGUUUUCCUGAAAUAAAAGCGUUGCGACUCAGGUGACAUCGGUUCAAGGACAAAUGGCUUUUCAUCCUUUAGCAACUAUCAUGUAAGGACUUUUUAAAAGGGGGUGAUGAAGGAAGAGACAAAUAUUGGAAAAGGGAUAUGAUACUCAUCCUUGCAUAUAUAUAUAUAUGCAUUACAAUAAAUGUUUGCCAGAAAUCGACUUUACAUGAAUUACUAUACACCAGUUUUUUAAUUAUAUAUAAUUUCGGUUGCCAUAGUAACAGUCGGAAAAUUAAAUGAAAAAUAAUAGGACAUGAAAACAUACUUUCAUUGUUUUUUUUUUAAUCAUCAAUUUUAAAAAUAAAACUGUUCUAAUGUGUUUUUUGUUUUACACUGCAUUUUUACGAAAUAAAUAAUAAUAAUAAGAUUAAAAACAGAACAAGACAAAAAGAUUUAUGUUUUGAUUUUUUUAAGGAGAAUAUUAGUCGAAAAGAAAUGAAUUCCACAAAAUAUAAUCGACAAAACGCGGAAUGUCUUCUAUC